AAUGAGCGAUAGAAACUCUCCGGGGGGUUUAUUUAGUCUGGUGUAAAGGGGGUUGUUCAAAAUAAAAAAUAAAAAAGUAGCAAGACACAAAGAUGGCAAGCGAUAUCCAAGACGUGUCUCAUCUUGAACUGGAGGCGGUCAUUGGUUUCAAUGGGCAUGUAGGCUCCGGACUCAGGGUGCACCCCGAUAGAGAACACCUGAUAUACCCCCUCGGGUGCACCGUGGUUUUAAAAAGCUUGAAAACCAACAGGCAAAGUUUUCUUCACGGACACACCAACAAUGUGUCCUGCGUCGCCGUGUCCAAAAGUGGGAAUUUCAUCGCGUCCGGUCAAGUGACGUUCAUGGGCUUCAAGGCAGAUGCCAUCAUCUGGGACUUUGCCAAGCGAGAGAUGCACGCCAGACUUCAGCUUCACAAAGCCAAGGUGGAGGCCCUCACCUUCUCCCCAAACGACAAAUACCUAGUGACCCUUGGUGGCCAAGACGAUGGAAGUGUUGUGGUGUGGAAUGUGGAGAGUGGGGAGGCCAUCUGUGGAAGCCCAGCCUCAGCUCACAGCGUGGGACACUGCCUGACCGUACAGUACUCCAACCUCAACGAAAACAUCUUUGUCUCGGGUGGAAAUGGCACCAUCCGUGUUUGGGAGCUGGACCGGCCCAAUAGGAAGAUCCGUCACACGGAAUGCCAAAUUGGCACCCUGAAACGAGUCGUCAAAUGUGUAGAGAUCCCAGAAGACGACAGCUUCUUCUACUGCGGCACCACUAGUGGUGACAUUCUGAAAGUCAACUUCUCCACGCGCCUCCUCAACAGCUGUGGUCCUGUCAAGAACAAAUUCAGUCAGGGUGUGAAUGCGAUGAAGAUCCUGAAGACAGGAGAUCUCCUGGUGGGCUCCGGAAACGGCAUGCUCACCAUGUGCUCCUCAAGCAACUUCAAGAUACUCAAGAGUGUGCAGCUGGAGGGAGGUGUGACGUCCGUCACCCUGCGUGGAGAUGGCCAUCAGUUCUUUGUCGGCACAGAUGCGGCACAGAUCUACCGCUUUGCCUACACCGACUUCAAACCUGAGCUCUUCUCCACCAAUCACAAGUCGGCUGUGAAGGGCGUGGCUUUUCCUUUUGGGUCGUCGGAGCUCUUCGCCACCUGUUCCCAGGAGGACAUCCGGGUGUGGCACUCGGCCACGUCUAAGGAGGUGCUGCGCAUCUCGGUGCCCAACAUGACCUGCAACGCCGUGGGCUUCAUGCAGGACGGCAGGAGCAUUGUCAGUGCCUGGAACGAUGGGAAGAUCCGCAUCUUCACCCCGGAGACGGGUCGGCUGAUGCUGGUGGUGGACAACGCCCACCGCAUGGGCGUCACGGCCAUCGCCUGCACCAGCGACUGCCAGAGGAUCAUCAGUGGAGGAGGAGAAGGACAGAUCCGUGUGUGGGAGAUCCUCAAGGGGACCUACAGGCUGGUGGAGACCAUGAAGGAGCACAAGGCGUCUGUCAACUGCAUCAAGAUCAAGAGCAACGAUAAGGAGUGCGUCAGCGCCAGCUCGGACGGGGCCUGCAUCAUAUGGGACCUUGUGCGCUACGUGAGGAAUCAGAUGGUCUUGGCCAACACACUCUUCAGGAGUGUCUGCUACCACCCCGAGGAGUACCAGAUCAUCACCAGCGGCACCGACAGAAAGAUCGGCUACUGGGAGGUGUAUGAUGGUGCGGCCAUUAGAGAGCUGGAGGGCUCCAUCUCAGGGGCCAUCAACGGCAUGCACAUCACUCAGGAGGGAGACUUCUUUGUCACUGGUGGCGAUGAGAAAAUGGUGAAGGUGUGGCACUACGGUGACGGGGUGGUGACCCACGUGGGCAUCGGCCACAGUGGCAACAUCACCAGCGUGUGCAUCUGCCCCAACAACAGGCACAUCGUCACCACCAGUGCCGACGGGGCUGUGCUGCGGUGGAGGUUCCCCCACAACACCGACCUCACGUCCAGCUAGAGCCUAGGGCCCUGUACCCCUUAAACCCAUCAACCAGCACCACCCUCAGCCCUCUACAUUACAUCCAGACCAUUAACAUUCUUACAUUAUACAGAAAAAAACAUUAGUCAAUAAAUAGAAAUAUAAAUUACACAGUACAUUUUUAGUUUGGUCAUGAAUAACCUGUCGGUUUUUAAUGUAAAAAAUAAAUAUUCUGAAUCCCAUCUCUGAGUCAUUAUCCUCCCACGCAUCCGUAUGAACACCCAGACAGUUAUGAUUCUUAGAUUAUCCAGAUAUUACGCAAUAAAUACAAAUUGAAAUUA